AUGGGUUACAAGGGGUUACAAGGGGUUACAAGGGGUUACAGGGGGUUACAAGGGGUUACAAGGGGUUAUAAGGGGUUACACGAGGUUACAAGGGGUUACAAGGGGUUACAGGCGGUUACAAGGGGUUACAAGGGGUUACAGGGGGUUACAAAGGGUUACAAGGGGUAACAGGGGGUUACAAGGGGUUACCAGGGGUUACAGGAGGUUACAAGGGGUUACAGGGGGUUACAAGGGGUUACAAGAGGUUACAAAAGGUUACAAGGGGUUACAGGGGGUUACAGGGAGUUACAAGGGGUUACAGGGGGUUACAAAGGGUUAAAAGGAGUAACAGGGGGUUACAAGGGGUUACCAGGGUUACAAGGGGUUACAGGGGGUUACAAGGGGUUACAGGGGGUUACAAGGGGUUACAAGGGGUUACAGGGGGUUACAAGGGGUUACAAGGGGUUACAGGGGGUUACAAGGGGUUACAGGGGGUUACAAGGGGUUACAGGGGGUUACAAAGGGUUACAGGGGGUUACAAGGGGUUACAGGAGGUUACAAGGGGUUACAGGGGGUUACAAGGGGUUACAAGGGGUUACAGGGGGUUACAAGGGGUUACAAGGGGUUACAAGGGGUUACAAGGGGUUACAAGGGGUUACAAGGGGUUACAAGGGGUUACAGGGGGUUACAAGGGGUUACAGGGGGUUACAAGGGGUUACAGGGGGUUACAAGGGGUUACAAGGGGUUACAGGGGGUUACAAGGGGUUACAAGGGGUUACAAGGGGUUACAAGGGGUUACAAGGGGUUACAAGGGGUUACGAGGGGUUACAGGGGCUUACAAGGGGUUACAGAGGGUUACAAGCGGUAACAGGAGUUUCCGAAAGAAAAAAUGAACACGAAUUGUACGUGGAAAAUCAGACACGCGACCUGACUUAAAAGCUGACUCGAAAUUUUUGCUUGGCGAUAUGGUACUUUUUUUGGGCAAUAAUUUUUUUUUGCAUUGAAAUGGUGGGCUUGCAGGACUAUUUGCUUGUUGUCUUACUUUAGUUACAACCUUUUAGUCAUUUAUUUACAGCUCUAAAGGGUAGGUAGAUAUUGCAAUUAUCAAAUGAUACUAACCGACUGCAACUCCCAAUUUCCACUUUAUAUUUUCGUUCGUUUGGCAGAAAAGUGCCGAAAGCCAGUUUUUGCGCUGAAAAUUAUGAUCAAAAUUUACACUUUUUCUUCACAGAUUUUUUAGCCAAAAAACUACUUUAAAAUUAAAGUCUGCAUUUAGGGCAAUUCUCAAGGCCAUACUUUAGUAUCGAGUUGCAAUUUUUUUCUUUCCUUAUUUUUGCUGGACAUGCUUCAGCCAUUUCCCGUCAGCCGGUAUCGCAUUUUUUAACUUGGCUCGUUGGUGCUCGAAAGGAAUUCUGGGUAAUUCAGUCAUACUGUGAGCGGAGAACGCUUCCUAUCCCCAUUUCAAAGAUUUUUUUCUCAGUGUCUGGCCACCCAGUCCUACUAGCGAAAUAUUUCGUGUACACCGCUUUCUUACAUGGAUUACAAGAGGUUACAUGGGCCUAUAAAGUGUGAGAGAGUUAUAAGGGAUUACAAGGGAUAGUGUGGCUACAGUGGGUUACAAAGGGCUACGAAGGGGUUACAAGGGAAUGCAAGGGGUUACAAUGGGUUACCGGGGAUUGCAGCUGGUUACAGGCGGUUACAAGGGGUUACGAGGGGUCACAGGGGGUUCCAAGGGGUUACAAGAGGUUACAGGGGGUUAGAGGGGGUUACAGAAGGUUACAAGGGGUUACAGGGGGUUACAAGGGGUUCCAGGGGGUUACAGGGGGUUACAAGGGGUUACAAGGGGUUACAGGGGGUUACAAGGGGUUACAGGGGGUUACAAGGGGUUACAAGGGCUUACAAGGGGUUACAGAGGGUUACAAGCGGUAACAGGAGUUUCCGAAAGAAAAAAUGAACACGAAUUGUAGGUGGAAAAUCACACACGCGUCCUGACUUAAAAGCUGACUCGAAAUCCUUGCUUGGCGAUAUGGUACUUUUUUGGGGCAAUAAUUAUUUUUUGCAUUGAAAUGGUGAGCUUGCAGGACUAUUUGCUUGUUGUCUUACUUUAGUUACAACCUUUUAGUCAUUUAUUUAUAGCUCUAAAGGGUAGGUAGAUAUUACAAUUAUCAAAUAAUACUAACCGACUGCAACUCCUAAUUUCCACUUUAUACUUUCGUUCGUUUGGCAGAAAAGUGCCGAAAGCCAGUUUUUGCGCUGAAAAUUAUGAUCAAAAUUUACACUUUUUCUUUACAGAUUUUUUAGCCAAAAAACUGCUUUAAAAUUAAAGUCUGCAUUUAGGGCAAUUCUCAAGGCCAUACUUUAGUAUCGAGUUGCAAUUUUUUUCUUUCCUAAUUUUUGCUGGACAUGCUUCAGCCAUUUCCCGUGAGCCGGUAUCGCAUUUUUUAACUUGGCUCGUUGGUGCUCGAAAGGAAUUCUGGGUAAUUCAGUCAUACUGUGAGCGGAGAACGCUUCCUAUCCCCAUUUCAAAGAUUUUUUUAUAAGUGUUGGGCCACCCAGUCCUACUAGCGAAAUAUUUCGUGUACACCGCUUUCUUACAUGGAUUACAAGAGGUUACAUGGGCCUAUAAAGUGUGAGAGAGUUAUAAGGGAUUACAAGGGAUAGUGUGGCUACAGUGGGUUACAAAGGGUUACGAGGGGGUUACAAGGGAAUGCAAGGGGUUACAAUGGGUUAUUAGGGGGUUGCAACGGGUUGCAGGGGGUUACAAGGGGUUACAGGGGGUUACAAGGGGUUACAGGGGGUUACAAGGGGUUACAGGGGGUUACAGGGGGUUACAGGGGGUUACAGGGGGUUACAAGGGGUUACAGGGGGUUACAAGGGGUUACAGGGGGUUACAAGGGGUUACAAGGGGUUACAGGAGGUUACAAGGGGUUACAGG